AUGGCUUCGACAACACGGAAUCUCCUGCCCAUCCUAAUCCUCGGGCUGGUCCUCUUCACCAGUCGAGCCCAUGCCUUUGGUGCUGGAAACAUCGCCUCGAUCUCGGCUGUCGAGGGCAAGAAUUGGCGUCAUGGAGAUAUCGAAGAUGUCUUGAAGACAGUGGCCUGCAUCCGCCAUCACAAAUGGACCUCGAUGAUGAUCAAACGAGUCUACUUUGGCAACUGGCUCCGUGAUUAUUCUCAGGCCAUGGAUACUGGGGCGCUCAAAAAGGCCCAGCCAGAGACGAUUCGUAUCCUGGUCUGGCUGCUCUCCUUCCUGGCUUUCGGUUAUGCUACGGCAGAAUUUGAAGUCACUUCUGAGAGACUUGGUGUUUAUCGACCAGAAGAGCAUAUUGAUAACCCCAAAGAUUACAACGACAAUGAAGAUGCCCGGAAGUAUGAUCCUCGUCUGCGCGCUCCAGUACGUGACAUCGAGUUGCAGAUCGAUACGGAAACCGGAAUGAAGAACUACAUUGCCAAUGGUAAGGGGGAUUGGGCCACUAGUGCUGCUUUCGUGAAGUAUAGCUUCGAGCGCAGCAUUCACCAUGGUCGACUCUACUGCAAUGGGCACGGGAUGUUCCAGGGCAAGGAUGAAGAUCUCGCAGAGGCUCUUCGAUGCCUGGGCCAGGGCCUUCAUACACUCGAAGACUUCGGUGCUCACACCAAUUACGUUGAGCUGGCACUUCGAGAAAUGGGCUUCCACAACGUGUUUCCUCACGUUGGCACAGCUACCGCAAUUACCCUCCAUGGAAAGCAUGUCUUUCCCCUCGUGACGGGUACUUUCGGCAUGGUGGAUUUCUAUCACUCGGUCCUUGGUGAGGCCACCGACCACUUCACUCAAAGUGAAGUGAAUGAGAUGGACAAUGCUCUCGGGACCGCUGAACAAGCCGCGCAGUCGUCGAAUCCUUUGAUGUCGCUGGUGAAACUAUUGUCGAAGGUUCCGGGCACUAAAGAUCUCUGUGACGAAGCUGAGAGAUUGCAAGCAAAUUCUCAAGCGCAGGCUCGAGGGAACCAGCAAGGUUUCGGCGCUCAAGGCGGUUAUAGGGGCAUGGAUGACUUUGGCAGUUCUGCUCGGGGUGUCGAUGACUGGGAAACCAGCCGUGCUUCUUAUGCCGGCUUCCCUUCGCAAGGUCAAGGAUACGGUGCGGAGUCCUGGAAUCAACCACCUCAACAAGGGUAUCAGCAGCCUCAACCUCAGUGGGGUGAGCCUCCGCAUCAAUCUCAAUGGCCCGGUCAGGGUCGACAGCCGGGCUUCGACCAGCAACAACCGCCCCAGUGGCACGAUCAAGGUGCACAGCACGGUUUCGGGCAGCAAUCUCAAUAUCCAGGAGUGCAACAACCAUGGCAAAAUCAGUCAGGUCAGCCGGCACCACAGCAGAGUCAUCAGCAAGCGAUCCCCGGAAAUGUACCUGGUCAAUCUCCACAGCAACAGUCGUCUGCACCAAGCGGUCUGGAGGGGAUGCCGAACUUCGAUCCGUCCAAGACCAUUGCCCAGAUAUAUCCAAUUCUGGCGUUCCGGGAUAAGGUUGUGCGAACAAUCAGUUCCAUUAUUGAGAAGAUCCCCGGCCUUGAAGCUCUCGUCGACCGCAUCACUGAAACCCUCACUGUUUUCAUUUUGUCCUUGCUGGCUCCGUUUGUGCGACCCGUCCUGAAUGCGAUGUCCAAGACGCUACAGACGGGCAGCGAGGGCGUCAUCAACUCUUCCGGGAAGCACCAGUUUGAAGUCUGGACCAACCCUCACUGUUCGGAUCCCACCCAUUCGAUGCUCAGCAAAGAUCACUUCAGCAACAUCCUCAAUGGACCGGCGGGAUAUGUGGCUGCGGAGAUCCUCAAGUUCAUUGCACCCCGAGUGCUGUACGCUUGGGAGCACCCUGAUGUCCCUGUCCAGCAAGUCAUGCAUGAUGUGGAGAGCAUUUUCCACCAUCCCGCCAUCCGAAACGAGCAUGUCGAGGUGCACCGAAAUAUGUUUGCCGCUGUUCGACGGUGGGUUGAUAGUUUGCCGGAGCGGGGCCGAAGCCUCGACACCACUCUGAGCUCCGAAGCGGUGCGCACAGGCAGGAAUCACAAGGCGGGCGUCAACGACCAUGCACAUGUCCAACAUCCACCCGCCGGUGCAGCACACCAACCCAGCUCUGGUGGACUGGGGGGCUUCGCCAGCUUUCUUCCUGGUCAGCAACAUGCUGGUGGCGGUGGUGGCCACGCAAACAAUCCUCUCGGAAUGGUGGGUGAUAUGAUAGGCAAUUUUACUGGUCAUGGAGGUCGUCCACAACAAUCGUCGCAGCAGCAGCAUCAGGCCAGCAGCGGAGGCGGGUUUGGUGAUGUGCUGAACAUGGCCAGCAAGCUGCCGAUUCCAGGAGUCCAAAACGUCACAAGCUCGAUCAACAAGUACACCAAAUACACCAAAUUCAUGAGCGGCACCCGUGGGCUCAACGAUGAUGAUAUUGGUGCCGAUGCCGGUGCCGGUAUGGGCUUGACUCCGGGCGGUAGCGAACUCGGAGGAUCACAAGAGCUGCACGAGGCCGCAGUGCACGGCAGUCAAUAUGCUGGUGACAUGAGAUCUCCCAGUCCCAUGCCCAUGGCACCACCUGCUGGAUACGAACAAUACAGUGCGUCGAGCGGGAAUGAGUAUUUCCAACAGGGUCAGAGUUAUCAGUACCAGACAUCCUACGAAGACCCAUACCAGAGUCAGGGACAGGGACAGUACGGAGGAGGUCAGAGUUCAGGGUACUAUGGAGGCCGUUGA